GUCAAAUUACAUUAGCGACGUUCAAAUCGAGCGUAUUUUCAGAUUAAAAAGUAAAAGUAUGAACAAAAAAUGAUACAAUUUCUAACAUUGGUGUCUUUUGCGUUAGGCGUAGGCCUUCUAUAUGCAGGCUAUAUCAUUUUUCAUCAAUUUACUUAUUGGAAACGUCGUAAAAUGUUACAUUUGACACCUACGCCACUUUUCGGCAAUACCGCACCACUUUUCUUUCGAACCAACGCUUUUUCUACUCACUUCCAAAAGUUAUACAACAAUUUCCCGGGGGCAAGAUACUUUGGCGCGUUCGACAAUAAAACACCAGCAAUUUUAAUCAAAGAUCCUGAUUUAGUGCGCGAGAUCUGCAUCAAGAACUUCGACAGUUUCUCGGAUCACGAUGCAUUUAUUACAGAGGAUAUGGACCCUGUUAUUUUCCGAAAUCUUUUUAACUUAGAGGGAGAGUAUUGGAGAAGAAUGAGAAACCUGUUGACUCCAAGUUUUACUGCAUCACGAAUGAAGCUGAUGUUCGAGCUGAUUGCCGAAUGCUCAAAUGAUUUUGUUCAAUACUUUUUGGACAAUCCUGAGGUUGCAAGUAGCUUCGAUGCCAAGGAUGCUUUCAGCAGAUACACAGGUGAUGUUAUCGGUACAGCUGCUUUCGGAAUCAAAGUAAACUCCAUGAAGGACCGUAACAAUGAAUUUUAUCGUCAUGGUAUUUCAGCAACCAGUUUUAAAUUAAUAGAUUUCAUCAGAUUCCAACUGAUGAUCAUUUUUCCAAAACUUAUGCGUUGGGCUGGAUUUACCUUUCUUCCAAACGCUACGGAUCGGUUUUUAAAAAAUAUUAUAACCGAAACUGUGAAGGUAAGACAAGAGAAAGGUAUUGUCAGACAAGACAUGAUUCAUCUACUGAUGCUAGCCAUGGACAAAAAGGAUAACUCUCAGAAAGUCACUAUUGACGACAUAAUAGGCCAAGCUUUCUUCUUUUUCCUGGCUGGUUUCGAUGCAUCGUCCAGUGCGAUGUCCUUCUUGUGCCACCAACUUGCUGCUAAUCCUGAUGUGCAAAAUAAAUUACGGGAAGCGAUUAUUUAUCAAGUGAACAAGGAUAAUGGCAAAAUUAGCUACAAUUCUCUAGUACAGAUAAAAUAUUUGGAUAUGGUGAUAAACGAGACUUUGAGAAUGUAUCCAUCAGCACCAUUCACCAACAGGGUUUGCGUGAAGGAAUAUGACUUUUCACCGCCAAUGGAAGGGUAUCCUAACCUGCAUGUGGAGAAAGGAACGCAAAUCUUUCUUCCCAUCUAUGCUUAUCACCGUGAUCCUAAAUAUUUUCCUUGUCCGGACAAAUUCGAUCCUGAACGAUUCAGUGAGAGUAACAAAAGCAGUAUUAACCCAUACAUGUAUCAGCCGUUUGGUAUAGGACCAAGGCAGUGCAUUGGCAAUCGAUUUGCUCUUAUGGUAGUCAAGAUCGGAAUCACUGAUAUAUUAAGAUUCACUAUUCAAUUUACGGAAAAAUCACGACAUCCUAUUGAUGAUUACGAUACAACAAGUUUUCCUAUGAAUCGAAAAAAUGGAUUUUGGCUCAAAUUUGAAGAGCUAAAGAAAUCAAACUAAUGAACUAUUUGCAUGUUUUAGAGGCUGUAAAUUAACAUAGUAUUAUUUAAUAGUUCUAAAGUAUCAUCUAAAAGUUAUUUGCUAUGUACCGAACAAAAAAAAUUGAAUAUAUAAAGAAACCAAUAUUA